AUGAUGUCUGCAAAAGACAUGGCUAAAGUCGUGAUUGUCAUGCUUGCGAUUUGUUUUCUUACAAAAACGGAUGGGAAACCUAUUAAGAAGAGAUCUGUGAGCGAGAUACAGCUCAUGCACAACAUGAGCAAACAUCUGGCCACCAAGGCGAGGGUGGAGUGGCUGCUUAAGAAGCUACAAGAAGCACACAAUUUCAUUAGCCUCGGAAGCUCACUCACCAAUAAAGAAGAUGGCUCUCAGAGGCCCUUCAAGAAGGAGGACAAUGUCCUUGUUGACAACUAUCAAAAAAGUCUUGGAGAAGCAGACAAAGCUGAUGUGGAUGUAUUAAUUAAAGCUAAAUCCCAGUGA